AUGCCAGCCAAAUACCUUGUGCUGUGCAUUGCGAGGUACAUCUACCAGUGGAUAGGCUUCGCCAGAAGGACCAAAAACAAGAUCCGUGUUCACAUGGUUUUGCUACCAGUAGCACAGAAGGAUGCUGCAAUGCACCAGGAGCCGGACGAAGCAGCUCGAACUGAGCGGUCUGCUGUUCCAAUGGUUGUGAGACGUUUAGAGCAGCAGAUCGAGGUCAGCUUUGACAUUCUAAGAGCUGUACAAUUGGCAUCUGCUCGAAGUUGCCAGGGGGUGGAGCGACGGCAGAUGGAGCGGAAGCUGGAGAGACUGGAGAAGCGGGUCGAAGAGGUGGCCUGCGCCAGUGCCGCAUCAGGGAGGUGGGCCGAGCUGCAGGGCCAUGUUGAUGGCCUUGCAGAUGCGGUACAAAGCCUCAUUAGGGGCCAGCUGCCACAAGGAAACCACAGUGAGGCCACGGAGCGGGUCGGAACCCAGGACACCGCAGUGUGGCGACGCUUUGACGCCAUGGAGGCCCAGCUGCGGCAGCUGGAGGCUCGGCAGGAAUCUCGUGGCAAGUUCAUUGACUUGCAAUCUCAGACGGACAAAGUGACGGCUCAGAUUGCGGACUUGGACUCGAAGUUGUUGCAGUUGGUAGGAAGGCUGGCGCAGGUCGAGCGCAUGGAGAAAGCGGAGCGUGGCCCCGAGGUGGGAACAAGCUUGCAAGGCAUCCAUGAGGCCAUGGAGCAACUCGCAAAGCGAGUGCAACACGUUGAGAAUCCUCAGGAAGCUGGCAGUUUGCUGGCAGAAAGAUGCCAGGAGGUCUUUGCCCAGAUGGACUUACUUCGCAAUGAUGUAGAGGAGCACACAGGCAUGUUGGAGGAUCAGGUCGCAGACCUUGAUGCUCGCUUGGAGACAUUCGGCUCCGAGCUGCAGGACUUGGUCAAUACACAAGAAGCUCGCCUUCAAGUGGACAGCGUCGGAGAAAGGGUCGUCCGACUGGCCCUCCGAGCGCAGAGGGUGGAAUGUUUCUGCCCUUGGUCGUGUUAA